AUGGAUCUGGUAGGAAGGGGAGUACCUAUGCAUUUAAAAAAGAUGUUACGACACCGAGAAAAUAUAAGAUCAGAAGAUGAAGACCAACAGGUUCCACCAACACCACCCAACUAUACCACACAACCCCCAAUGGCACACCAAGGCAGCUCAACUUCAGGGGAUUUGGCACAGCAUGGCACCCUCCCUCGAGGCAUUCCAACACAAGGAAGUGCAAUCCAAAGUGGCAUUACACAACAAGGGAGGGAAAUCCCAAGUGGCACUUUACAACAAGGGAAAACAAUCCCAAGUGGUAUUUUACACCAAGGGAGGGAAAUCCCAAGUGGCAUUACACAACAAGGGAAGGCAAUCCCAAGUGGUAUUUUACAACAAGGGAGGGCAAUCCCAAGUGGCAUUUUACAACAAGGGAGGGUAAUCCCAAGUGGCAGAGCAAAACAAGAGAAAUCUAUCUCAGUGCCACAACAGGUGGCAGUCCCAAGUGGAUUGCCAUAUCAAGGGAUGACUCCAAGUGGUAUGUCCCUGCCACAUACUCCUUCUAUGACCCCCCUAUCAAAUGCUGGGAUGCCACCUAUCAUGCAAAAGAGACUCUAUGAUCAAGAUUACUUUCGCAAACUUCGAGUACUUGAACACAUUCACAAGAUAUCAGGAAGCGCUGAUGAUGAUGAUGACCCUAAUAAAGCAUUGAACAUGAACAGUACAAAUAUAGAUAUUGACAUCAUGUUUGACCAAUCAGAUUGCUGGUGA